AUGGCUGGGACAGUAAUGAGGGUUCCAGGCAGAUUGCUGCUGAGCAGAGACAUCAACAAAUACUGCAGAUUCAUCUGGAGGAACAGUAGCACUGCCAACUUCAACAGGUGUGGCAGAGCCAAUGACAGCUAUCAGUCUGAGAGGUGUCUGGGUGUGACUUCCGGGAUACUGGCCUAUUCUGCUCACUGUCAGACAGACUUGGACGGGCGACCAGUGGCUGGGGUGAUGGUUAUCUGCAGGGACCUGCUUAGCAAGGAAGGAUUCAGUAAUGAACACAUGACGGUGAUCCAUGAGUUGUUCCAUGUGUUGGGCUUCAGCAAAGAGCUCUUCAGCUUUUGGCGAGACUGUUCCCUCUCCUCCCAGAUGGCUGUGGGUUCCUGCUCUUAUGGUCAGGUGACGAACACGGAUGAGACAGGACAGAAGAGGCUUUACACUCCUGGUGUAAUCAAAGCUCUACAGGCUCACUUCAACACCACACACACUGAAAUGGGAGCUCCACUAGAGAAUCAGGAUGCUGGUUCUCAUGGUGUCUCUUCUCACUGGGAGGCUCGGGUUCUUCAGGGCUCCAUCAUGACUGCACUGCUUGUAGAACCGUCUCUGGUCCAGAUUGACCCAAUCACUCUCUCUGCCCUCCAGGACACUGGCUGGUACUCAGUCAACCUUGGCCGAGCACAGAGCUUGAUGUGGGGAGAGAAUGAGGGUGCUCUCUUUGGGUCUCUUACCACCUGCCACAAGCCCUCAGCUUUCUUCUGCAUGGGCAGUGAACUAGGAUGCCAUUACCUUCAUCUCCACAAGGGAGCAUGCCAGAGUGAUCAAUAUCUGGAUGGUUGUCGCAUUUACAAACCUUUAGCCAAUGCUAGUGAGUGUUGGAAAGAAGAGAACAGCAGAGGGAGUAGUGUGGAGGAGUGGAGUGGAGAGAUUUUUUACACAGACAGCCGUUGUUUUUUCUCCAGCCUUGUCAGGAAGGAUCAUUCCAGUCACAGUGUAUCUGUGGCAGGUCGCUGUUACAGACACAGGUGCACUGGGAGGAACAGGUACCAGAUUCAGGUGGUAGGUUCCGAGUGGCUGGACUGCCCAGCAGGAAAGAGCAUCCAGGUGUAUGGCUAUCGCGGUACAAUUUUCUGCCCAGACAAGAGAUUGUGUUAUUACUACAGUGUGGUUCCACCCACUUCCACCCCUAAGCCCCUCCCCUCAACUCCACAUCCCUCUAUACACCCAUCCAGCGUUCACUCUCUUAUACAGAGACCACUGACUUCUCAACACAGCCUGAACUUUGGUCAGACCCCUCCCUUCUCAGCAUCAGCAGACUGUGCAGGAAUUGCCAUGGUAACAGUGCUGAGCAUCAGUGCGGUUCUCUGCUUACUUGCUACUGCCAUGGCCUUCUACAGGAAGUGCUGCUCAGUCAGGGUCAGAGUGCAUGCGGUGGUAGAGGUUCCGUAUAUGUUGUAGAUGUACCAAAACCUAAACCUCCACAGGCACUGCGGAGACACCGAUAAGGAUCAACAGGACAGAUUUGUUCCUCCAUAUCUAUUAGGUGUGCUCAAAUAGUGAUUAAUUUACUUUCAUUGUACUUUCAUUGUUAAGUCUUUAUUUUCACAGUUCAGUCAGUGCUGAAUUCCUCCACUGGAGAAAAUUCAUCUCAGUAUUGUCAGGGCUAUAAAGCUGGGAUUAAGAAUGGAUAGAGUUCCUCAGUUAAGGACUGACCAGUGAAAGAUUAGAUAUAAGACUCGGUCGCCACAAAAAAGGAGACCAGACCCUCCUCAUAAUCCUCUACUUUCUGGGGCUUCUCUCGCAGCAGUUAGAAGCACCAGCACAAGCACUGUACUCAUUCCCAUUCACCUUUAGCAAUGGAAUCUUUUACCUUUUGGUUAACAGAUUCUGAUACACCUACAUCUCAAUCAGUCUUAUACCCAACCUGCCCCUCAAAGUAAAAUUUGCCUGUGGAGAAACCCUCCUUCCCAAGGAUGUAGGAAUCCAUCUCAAAGCUUUUUGGGCUGUAUGCAACUUAAUAAUAUGCUGUAUCAGGAUGCAGAGUCACAUCCACCAACAAAAUUAAACAGCACAAGAACAAUAUAGGUUACAAAUCCUAUUCACGCAUUUCUUAACUCAUAAUAUGUUAGUCAUAUCAGUGUACCUGCACAGAACUGAAUCCGCAUCUCCUUUGACAUCAGUAUGAUAAAGACCGACCGAAACAGCAGUGAUGGAGACAGCAGUUGUGUCUAGUUCAUGGUAACCCCAUUUAAAGCUAAAUUUAAAAGAAAUACAUCAAACCUAGUCAUGCCUGCAUCUUAUGAAGCAAAUGUUCCCAAGUGUGGCCUUUCAGAGUUUAGUUCCAACCCUAAUUUGAUCCAAUAAAUCAAGUCUUUUAGAAGCAUCUUAAUAUCAGAGUAAGUUGUGCUACAUUAGGGUUGAAACUACACUCUGUAGGGAAGUAACCAGAAGUAGACUCACUAUAUCUUCUGUCAUCUGAUGAUUCUGUAAACACAAAAUAACAUGAUUGCCAAAUAAUAAUAAUAAAUAAUAUAUUGCAUGUAUUAGUUAAUAAAUACAACGCUAUGCCUAAUUUGAAAGUAGCAAAAAACGGAUUCUUAAGUGAAUCAAAAAUUGAGCAAGUAUGGGCAAUCAGCCAGCAAAGGAAUGACUUCAGUUCAUCUCCUGCAAUCCUGUUGUUUAUGCAAUUGAAAGCAUUGUCUGUAAGUGAUUAAGGAUAUUGUAGAGAUCCUAGAUUAUGUUUUAUGAGUAUUUGUAGUUUUUUACCAUAAUGCUUUAAUUUUAUUUGUGUUAAGAUGUGCUAUGUACAAAUGAUCCCAUGUUUCCCAUAUUUAGCUUAGCCUUCUCUACUCAUGCUAAACUCUAUAAGUAGUAAAACCUUUUAUAUGCAGGAUAUAUAAUUUGUCAUUUGCAGUCCACAUAGCCUUGAAAUGUUUUAUUUUUACAUGUAACAUAAAGUAGGCAGAAUAAAGGUUUCAUAAGCAGUGGACCAUUGCACUCAGUAGUCCUCCUCAGUCAGCUUGUACUGAUUCAUAUUGAUGAACAUGAUUUAGCUCUAUUGCUGUUCCUUAUACUGUAUUUUUAUCCAUUUUUCCUUAUAGUUUCACUCAUUCAUUCGGUGCAUGAAUUCACAAGUCAGUAAAGCACAUGAGCCUGGAGGUUACAUCCUGAUCUCAUGUAUUUGUUUGCAGGGAGUUCGCCUUACUGUUGAAUUGUGUACCUUUAUUGUCACCAUCUCCUUGAUGAUGGCUUUUGCAUGUGUUUGCUUUUCGUUUCAGUUUUGUUCCUUGUUUCUGUCCUUUUUUUCCCCUGUCCCUAUAUGUUCUCAGGUGUUCCUCAUGUUGUAAUUCCCUGUUGUAUAUAAACCCUGUGGAUUUAUUUAUUUUUUGCUUUGUUUGGUGGUCAUUGUUUGAUGUUUGGUUUCACUAUUACAUGGUGUUCUCUGUUAGUUAGCUUAGUUUCUUGCCUGUUUCUUCCACAUUUUGUUGUCAAGUUUAUUUCCUACGUGUCAUGUAUUCCUGUUAUAUUUCCAAGUCUGAAUAAUGGCUUUUAAACCCCAGGCUGUUUAAUGGCUAAUGAUUAUGAAUUUGCCCACAAAUAAUGCCGCUUAUCUAAGCCUUUGUGUCCUGCCUCCUUUCGCAAACCCUAACAAUAUAUAAUAACACUCCAUGGUCGGUCAUAUCUUUUUGACUUCUAUCAGAGGCCUGGGGGUUUGAGGGUGUGGUGCAGUAUUUUUGCUGUUCCUAGGAUUGCACUCGUCUGGACUGAGGCUGAUGUCAUUUCUAUCAUUUCUAAACACAUUCAUCACGAACCUUCGUAACACCCCCCCCCCCCAGAUUUUGACUUCCUCUGCUUGACUGAGAAUUGUCGGGGUAGGUUUGGCUAUUGCUUCCAUUGUUUUGAGUCCUUAGGUUUGGUUAACCUGGUUGUCAUAAACGUGCUAGUCACCUGUGUUAGACACUGGAGCCUUUCUGUCUUCAGGCACCCAAUGCAAGGUCUCUGCCUAUCAGCCAUGACAUGGCAGCUUGACUGCGAGCUGGUCCCCGAGGUCAUCCGCUCCCUGUUCUUGUCUCCUUUACCCCUCCCUUUCUCUCUCUCUCUCCC